CAUGACGUCAUCGGAACGCUAAUAAUAUUCGAACAACAACAAUACCACUAAAUCACAAACGCAGAACAAAUGCACAAACACAGUCUCGGCACUCGCGGCUGCCAAGGUCGUUUUGGAAGUAAAUGAUCGAAACGGACCGGGCAGUUAAAAUGACAUUUUCUCCUUCCCCACUGUGGCGAGCGUUAAUGGGUGCGGGCAGGGCAAGAUUAACACAGGUACCCCAGGGCCUAGAUUGGAAAGCAUUUGAACGGUGGUUUUCACUGCUAGUGCAAGCAUUCACGAUGUUGUGCCAGCUGCUGGUGACUCUAGCGCUUCUCGACCUGUCGCUCGGUCAGAGCGACUAUCCCAACUACCCGCAGGACACUCCAGAAGACACCAAUGCGUACCCCGAUUAUGGCAAUCCUGCGCCCCCAAAUCCGGCACCCACCAACCCACAGCCCGUCAAUCCGCAGCCCCAAUAUCCCGACUACAGCUACGUGGAAACGGUGCCAACGACCACCGCAACGCCCGCCACAGAACCGACCAAAAGACGGCAGGUGUUUCCACCGACACCUACCGGACGAUCGGGACCUACAAGACGGCAGCGAGCGAACCGAAUCGUGCGCUGGUACUUCAUGAAUGACUGGGGCUCGAUGCCGGUACGGGCGACGACCGUUGUACGUCGCCGCAGCAUGGGACGAUCGUCCCUGAGCAGGAUGCCACCGUACUAUCGCAGCAUGCUGGCGGGUUCCCGUGCCCUCAGCUCCAAUGCCCCAAGCACCACGGGGACACGACGCAUCGAAUAUUGGUACUGGUAGAAGGUUGUAGCGGACGAUGUAACGCACCUAAACUUUCACUGCAAUAAAGUCUCGCAAUAAUGAAGCUUUACCCGAAAUGGGAUUU